UCCUGUGGGAGCGACAAAAUCAAGUGGCGGAGGGGAUCCUUGAUGCUUCCCUUUAAGAACAAGCUUUAAGAGAGUUGCCCACAGCCCUGCCCUCAUCUGAGAUGGCGGCUCUGCGGCCGCUCUAGCCAGCGCCUCUCGGAUUCCCGGAGGGGACGAACGUCUCGCCCCUGGCCCUGGGGGGCUGCGGCGCUGGCCUCGGGGAGCGCAGGUUGUGCUAGAGCCCCUCGUGGCCUUGGGUACGUGGACGGUGAACCCCUUCCCUCCUGUACCGGGUUUCUCAGCGCCUCCCCCUGCCGCACCCUCGGGCCUCCCUGCCGCCGCUGUCGGAAGCGCCCGGGGGCAGGCCCUCGGGCCGGCUGUAACCGCGCCUCGGGCCGGACCAUGCCCAGGAAGCUGCAGCUGCUGCCCCCGCUCUCCGCGUCCUCGGCUUUCCGCGCUCCGCGAGCCCGCCCCGCUACCCGCCCGGCUAUGAACGCCGCCCGCACCGGCUACCGAGUCUUCUCGGCCAACUCCACGGCCGCCUGCACCGAGCUGGCCAAGCGCAUCACCGAGCGUCUUGGUGCUGAAUUGGGGAAAUCUGCCGUAUAUCAAGAGACCAAUGGAGAAACAAGAGUUGAAAUUAAAGAAUCUGUUCGUGGCCAAGAUAUUUUCAUUAUACAGACAAUACCCAGAGAUGUGAAUACAGCUGUGAUGGAGUUACUGAUCAUGGCUUAUGCGCUGAAGACUGCCUGCGCCAGGAAUAUUAUUGGAGUCAUCCCUUAUUUUCCUUACAGCAAGCAAAGCAAGAUGAGGAAGAGGGGCUCCAUUGUGUGCAAGCUCCUAGCGUCUAUGCUGGCAAAAGCAGGUUUAACUCACAUUAUCACUAUGGAUCUUCAUCAAAAGGAAAUACAAGGCUUUUUCAGCUUUCCCGUGGACAACCUUAGAGCCUCACCUUUCCUGCUUCAGUAUAUCCAGGAAGAAAUUCCAAAUUACAGAAAUGCAGUCAUUGUAGCUAAGUCUCCUGAUGCUGCAAAAAGGGCCCAGUCAUAUGCUGAGAGACUCCGACUGGGUUUAGCUGUAAUCCAUGGGGAAGCUCAGUGUACAGAGCUGGACAUGGAUGAUGGGCGGCAUUCUCCUCCAAUGGUCAAAAAUGCUACUGUCCACCCGGGUCUGGAGUUGCCAUUGAUGAUGGCCAAAGAGAAACCACCGAUAACUGUAGUCGGAGAUGUUGGAGGACGUAUCGCAAUCAUAGUGGAUGACAUCAUUGAUGAUGUGGAAAGUUUUGUCGCUGCUGCGGAGAUUCUGAAAGAGAGAGGAGCUUAUAAAAUCUAUGUUAUGGCCACUCACGGCAUCCUGUCUGCAGAGGCCCCCCGUCUGAUUGAGGAGUCCUCCAUUGAUGAGGUGGUGGUGACGAAUACUGUCCCUCAUGAGGUGCAGAAGCUGCAGUGUCCCAAGAUAAAGACUGUGGAUAUCAGUCUGAUUCUUUCAGAAGCAAUACGGAGAAUCCACAAUGGGGAGUCCAUGGCGUACCUUUUCCGAAACAUCACUGUAGACGACUAACUUCCACGGUCGCCUUGACCUGGAACUCCUAAGGAAAACGUGAGAAAAGCAGUGCCGUCAAUUAUGUACACAGUGUUUCCUUCAAAGGAGCACUGGAAAUAGUCUGAUCGUCUCCCUUGCCAAGUUUGGUAGGUAGGAGACAUAUUAAGGUGGUCAACAGGAAGACGGAGCUAAUGGAUGAAUGGCCUUAAAUUAUCUGCUCUUAUCCUGUUCCUUAAGCAAAAGUUACAGGCGUCUUCCUGAAAAUAAUCUGCAAAUCUUGUUGAUAUUGAAAAAGCAUUAGAGGAAGGUAAAGUCUUAGCUCUAGAAUGUUUAUUCGGUUGUUUCAACCGCAGGGAAAUGUAUGUGUUAAUGUUGAACAUGGUUUGGGAAGCUGAGAUCCCUGGCACUGUUUCUAUGCCUCUUCCCAGUCAACUUCAUGUAAGUCUUUUAUAGAGAAUCUUAUUUUUCUUUGAGAAACUGUUGUGCCUACAGCUGUUGAACAAAACAUUUGUGGUGUUAACUCCUGGCAAGAAUGGCAGAUUAGAGAAAUAACAUCCUAACUCUGGGUAUCUGCAUUGCUCUUAAAUUGGAAAUAAAAGAAUUUGUUGUCUGGCUUGUCUCUUCA